AUGCUAGAUGGCGGGUGCAGCUUUUCUUCUCAGACAGCCUUUUCCUGCUCUAGGAUAUCAGCUGCUGCGAAGAGCAAGAACUGCAAGCUUCCGACCUUCUCCUUGAAGAUUUGGUUAGUGUGCACUGCGGAAUUUCUUCGUGGCGUCUCCUUUUCGGCGAUCUUUGCCAUUUUCGCGCUUUUCGCAUCCACCGUCUUUGGCCUUGACUCCGUGUCCAUCGGCUUUGCUGUGUGCUGCGGAGCCCUGUGUCUCAUUGGAACGAACAUCUGGAUUUGUCCACACCUGGACCAUUGGCUGGGCCACGUGGGCUGUGCUUGUUUGGGCAUGAUGCUCAUCGCCUCUGGAGAGAUGGUUCUGGCCUAUGCCGGCUGGAUUUGGUUUUCUUUGACUGGCAUGUGCAUCGUCUACAUCGGCCAAGCAGUGGCAGGGUGCACCAUUGCCACCAUUACUUCAGUGCUGGCCACAGAUGAAACCCGUGGUGCCGUAAUGUCCAUGCAGCAGAUGGCGCAGGCUCUGGGUCGCGUGGUCGGCCCAGUGAUCCUCAGUGCACUGUUUGCAGAGGAUCCACGGCGGCCGUACCUCUGCGGGGCAGGCGCAGCACUUGUCGGCGGUGCAGUGCUGGGCACUCUGCGGCAGUCCUUCCGACAUCGCAUUCAGGUCGAGACGCCUGCAGUGUUGCCAUCACCUCCCCCAUGGGAGAAAGAGGUAUUCACUGAGAAUGACGUCGAAGAUCUCGGCAGGUUUCUGUGCGAGUUGCUCACCCGGAACCAUUACAAAUGGCGGGACCCGGACAAGCGGCAGAGGCUCAAGCAGCAACUCGAGCGAUUCUUUCCUCCGCUCGUCACGGACGAGACCUUUGAGGUCGCUGCGAACGAGGAAGGUCAUAAGAACUUCAGCAGUCUGAAUGGCCAAGCGGAUCCCUCUGCAUCCAUGUCCGUCGGGCACUUCAUUACCAGGAACACGCCCAAUGCUGCCGGGAAUCGUCGACGAUUCGCUUCAAAAUCCGUGACUGGCCCUGUGCGAGUCGAAUCGCUGUCGGCCGACUACCCUUCUUCCAGGGCGGUUUCUAAGGGCUGGGGCAACCCUUGCUGA